AUGGAGACGAUGAUUAUGAAUCAGCCUAUUGUUGUCGACGUUGGCACUGGAGUGCUCAAAGCCGGCUUCGCAGGUGACCAGACACCCAAGCAUUAUUUCCCAAAUUUCAUCGGCCGGCCGAAGCACGUCAGAGCCAUGGCAGGAGCUAUCGAAGGCGACCACUUCAUCGGUCCUAAGGCUCAAGAACACCGCGGCUUACUCAGCAUCCGCUACCCAGUAGAACACGGAAUUGUUCGGGAUUGGGGCGACAUGGAACACAUCUGGCACUACAUUUACAGCAAGGAUCAGCUCAUGGUCAGCUCAGAAGAACACCCCGUUCUCUUCACUGAGGCUCCAAUCAACCCAAAAACCAACCGCGAAAAGAUGGCGGAAAUGCUCUUUGAGACCUUCGGUGUUCCCGCGCUCUACGUUUCAAUGCAGGCUGUCCUUAGUCUCUACGCCUCUGGUCGAACAACCGGAGUGGUUUUGGAUUCCGGCGACGGGGUCACCCACGCGGCGCCCAUCUACGAGGGCUACGCUCUGCCACACUCCAUCGAGAGGACAGACCUUGCUGGCCGCGAUGUGACCCGCUACCUGCGUCUCCUCCUCCGGAAGGAAGGCACCGACCUACACACCACGGCAGAGUUCGAGAUUCUUCGACAGAUUAAGGAGCGCUCCUGCUUCGUCAGUCUGAGUCCAGUCAAGGUGGAGGUGGUGGAGGCGCAGGAGUCCUGCCGACUUCCUGACGGCUCCACCCUCACCAUCGGUGCGGCUCGCUUCAAGGCCCCUGAACUCCUCUUCCGACCGGACCUCAUCGGGGAGGAAUUUUUCGGAAUUCACCAGGCAAGUGUUGUUUUAACCCCGAGACACCUGUUGCCAGCUUUCUGGGCACUUCAUGAACGUCUGGAUCGUUUCAUCAAAAAGUCGGUCCAAGUGCUUGCCUAUUCCAUUCAAAAGUCCGACAUGGACCUGCGCCGGAUGCUCUACGAAAACAUCGUGCUGUCUGGGGGUUCAACGCUGUUCAAAGGUUUUGGAGCGCGCCUUCUGCUCGAGAUGAAGCGGAUGGCGCCGAAGGACGCCAAGUUGCGCAUCUCGGCGCCCAACGAGCGUCUCUACUCCACGUGGAUCGGCGGUUCCAUCCUCGCCUCGCUUGGCACCUUCAAGAACAUGUGGAUCUCCAAGCAGGAGUACGAGAGCGAGGGUCCUGCCGCGCUGCAUCGGAAGUUUAUGUGA